AUGGCGAAUGUCGAAUCCGAGAUCAAGACGCAUUUUGCGCCGCCAGAUGCCUCCCUUCCACAAGAUGUACUCACCGAACUGGUCCAUAUCGUUCAACUCAUGGGCAUAUCCGCYGAGGAUCUCUACUACAAAUGGGACAGCUAUGUGAUCACCAUGGGCGCGGAAACCACCAAGCUCGACUACAAGACGAUACGCGAUUUCAAAAAGAGUUUGCAAGACACGUUGGAGAGAGAAUCACGGAAAGGAAACGUCACACAUGCGGCCACCAAGAGGACGGCAGCCACACCGCGAGUAGGAGCAAGCGGUGGAGAUGUCUUUGGCAUGCUGGACGGCAUGGUCUCGAACACACCCGCAGCUCGCAACUCAAUGGCCAAGCGUAAGGCCAACUUUGACACGCCCACAUCGAAAUCUGCAAGAAGCGGGCUGCAUAGCUCACCUGCUGACGGCAAGACUCCUGGCACGGGCGCAGCGAGGAACCUCCCCACGGUGGCUUUUGCAGACAGGCAGAAUGCUGGAGAUGUAAUCGAAAGCAUCAAUUCUCACCUGCCGGCUGCCGCUGUCCCAGAAGUCCCUCCCACCGAGGCACGAAUCAGACUCAAAGCUGCCACUGACCUGCCAAAGUUUGCCUACAAACCCAUGGCCAUGAAGUUGUCGGAGGCGUCCGAGUUUCUGGAUGAUCGAAUCGAUAGCUUCAUGGAGGUGGUCCAAAAGCACUAUGAAUUAGAAGACUCUGCGUUCGGCAACCCAGCCGCCCAGUCCACCGCCGAGAUCGUGGCAGUGGGACGCAUUGCAUGCGAUCCAUCUGAAGGCAAACUCACCUCCACCAACAUGGUUUUAGAAACCUCUCGCAGAAUGGGCGCUGGACUGCGAGUGCCUCUCAAAUUCGCGGAGAACGUGUCUUUUGACGUUUUCCCGGGCAAGAUCGUUGCUCUGCGUGGCACCAAUGUCGGCGGCCAAUCGUUUCUCGCCUCUGAAGUCCUCCCUCUGCCUAGCUUACCACCAGCCGCCCAUCGGCCAUCCGACAUAGAAGUAUGCAAUGACCGCCUUGUGGGCGCAGACGGCGAGACGAGACCGUUGAAUAUGGUCAUUGCCAGCGGGCCUUUUACGCAGGAGAACGACCUGUCAUUCGCUCCGCUGCAGGCCCUUCUCGACAAAGCUGAGGCAGAGACUGCUGAUCUCCUCCUUCUCACCGGUCCGUUCCUUGAUCUUGAACAUCCCGUUGUCGCAUCUGGAGACUUCGAACCUUACUUGCCCAGCGACGCGAAGAUCUCGCCCGACCAGGCAACUAUCACGGACGUGUUCCGCGUUCUCAUCGGCCAACCUUUGCAAAAACUUGCGGCUGCCGUGCCGUCAAUCACCAUCGUCCUUGUCCCCAGUCUCAGAGAUGCCGUCAGCAAGCACGUUGCGUGGCCCCAAGAUCGCGUCCCCAAAGCACAGCUUGGACUUCCACGACAAGCUCAAUUCGUCGCGAAUCCCAUGGCACUUUCAAUCAACGAGAUUCUUCUGGGAGUCUCUUCACAAGAUGUUCUCUCCGAACUCCGACGUGAGAAUGUGUACCAAGCGGCAAAAGGCGCAAUGCACUCCGACAUUAUGGGCAGGUUAGCAGGUCAUGUCAUUGAGCAAAGUCAUUACUUUCCUGUCUUCCCGCCUGCUUCCAGAGAAGAUCUUCCCAAGCCAAUAGGUAUCCACGAAGAAGUACCCGAGGUUGGAGGGGAGGAGAGACUGGCUCUUGGUGCGAACCUAGAUUUGACAUAUCUGAAGUUGGGGGAAUUCUGGCAGGCCAGGCCGGACUUGCUGAUCCUACCAGGGGUCUUGAACCCCUUUGUCAAGGCAUGUAUAAGUGCUUCGCAGAUGAGAACGUAA